AUGAUGGAACUUACAAUGGAGAACAUUGGGAACCUCCACGGCGUUCCUCACGGCCAUCAAACGGAGGACCUGAUGAACUCUCAUCACGGACGGCAGUCGUCACACAGAAACCUGGUGUCGCACGGGCGCUCGGCGAUGGUUUCCAGCAUGGCUUCAAUUUUGGAAGGGGCUGGAGACUACCGCACGGACCACGCAUUGUCCGGUCCCUUACACCCGGCCAUGACCAUGUCCUGCGAUUCCGGAAUGAGUUUAAGCAGUACCUAUACUACACUAACGCCGCUACAACACCUGCCUCCCAUUUCCACGGUCUCCGAGAAAUUUCACCAUCAUCCCCACCCUCAUACCCAUCACCAUCCGGCUCAUCAGCGUCUCACUGCCGGGAACGUUAGCGGCAGCUUUACCCUUAUGCGCGAUGACCGGAGCCUAGCGUCUAUGAGCAAUCUUUACAGUCACUACCCCAAAGAUAUGUCUGGAAUGGGACAGUCGUUAUCCCCUCUGUCCAACGGGCUUGGGUCUUUGCACAACUCUCAACAGUCUCUCUCGGCCUACGGUCCUGGGACCCAUCUUUCAAACGACAAGAUGUUGUCCACGGGAGGCUUCGAGAGCCAUGCAGCCAUGCUGUCUAGAAGCGAGGAUCACCUAGCUCGGGGUUUAGGGGGCCAUGGUGCUGGCAUCAUGACCUCUCUUAAUGGAAUUCACCAUCACAGUCACCCACACUCUCAGGCCAACGGGUCUAUGUUGAACGAACGGGACAGACAGUCUGUGGGGGGUGGUCAGGGAGGAGGACCAGGGCAGGUGGAAGAGAUAAACACCAAAGAGGUGGCACAGCGCAUAACCGCGGAGCUCAAAAGGUACAGCAUUCCGCAGGCCAUCUUCGCCCAAAGAAUCUUGUGUCGGUCGCAGGGAACGCUUUCUGAUCUGCUCCGGAAUCCCAAACCGUGGAGUAAACUCAAGUCUGGACGAGAAACCUUUCGGAGGAUGUGGAAAUGGUUGCAAGAGCCCGAGUUCCAGAGAAUGUCCGCUCUCAGAUUAGCAGCUUGCAAGCGGAAGGAGCAGGAGCAGCAGAAAGACCGCAACAUGGCCCCCAAGAAGCAGCGCCUGGUCUUCACCGACCUGCAGCGGCGCACGCUCAUCGCCAUCUUCAAGGAGAACAAGCGGCCGUCCAAGGAGAUGCAGAUCACCAUCGCCCAGCAGCUGGGCCUGGAGGUCAGCACGGUCAGCAACUUCUUCAUGAACGCCCGCCGCCGCUGCAUGGACCGCUGGCACGACGAGCACCAUGGCGGGAGCCCCGGGCAGCCGGGCACCUCGGCCACCACCUUCUCCAAGGCCUGA